AUGAGCAGUAGCGAGGAGGUGUCGUGGAUUCUUUGGUUCUGUGGUCUGCGAGGAAACGAGUUUUUCUGUGAGGUUGAUGAGGAGUAUAUUCAGGAUAGGUUUAAUCUUACCGGGCUCUCCGAACAAGUGCCAAAUUUUCGUGCCGCUCUUGACAUGAUAUUGGAUCUGGAACCCGUAGAUGAAAUGCCUAACGAUGCGAAUGAACCAGAUAUUAUUGAACAGGCUGCCGAGAUGCUCUACGGCCUCAUUCACGCGCGAUACAUACUCACCAACCGAGGCCUCAUGAUGAUGGGUGACAAAUGGCUUCAGGGCGACUUUGGAUAUUGCCCUCGUGUUUACUGCGAUAAUCAACCUUGUCUGCCCAUCGGUCUUUCGGACAUUCCUGGUGAGGCGAUGGUGAAAAUCUACUGUCCGCGUUGUCAGGAUGUGUACACCCCGAAGUCGACAAGACAUCACCAUACUGACGGCGCCUAUUUUGGAACCGGUUUUCCUCAUAUGCUUUUCGCCGUCCAUCCCGAGUAUCGACCUAAGCGGGCUCCGAAGCAGUUUGUCGCUAGACUUUACGGCUUCAAGAUUCAUCCGCUGGCCUACCAGCUUCAAUAUCAGGCGGCUGCGAACUUCAACGCUCCGAUGCGUAGCGGAGGGUUUGGAAAGCUUUGA